AUGCUGUGCGCCUUAGUGGCGGUUUCCCUAUGGCUGCGGGUGAGCCCGCGGGCGCAGGGCGCGCCGUGCGAGGCAGUGCGCAUCCCCAUGUGUCGCUCCAUGCCCUGGAAUAUCACCCGCAUGCCCAAUCACCUCCACCACAGCACCCAGGAAAACGCCGUCCUCGCUGUCGAGCAGUACGAGGAGCUGGUGGCCACCGGCUGCAGCCAGGUCUUGCCCUUCUUCCUCUGCGCCAUGUACGCCCCCAUCUGCACUCUGGAGUUCCUCUACGACCCCAUCAAACCGUGCCGCUCCGUCUGCCAGCGCGCCCGCGACAGCUGCGAGCCCAUCAUGCGCCGCUACAACCACAGCUGGCCGGAGAGCCUGGCUUGCGACGACCUCCCCGUCUACGACCGCGGCGUCUGCAUCUCCCCAGAGGCCAUUGUCACCGACGUGCCAGAGGAUGUGAAGUGGACGGACUUCACACAGGGCUUUAUAGUGCCAGACAGACCCCUGGAGCCUGACUGCAGGAGCCGCGGCCAGGAACGGUGCAGGUGUAAAAAGAUAAAGCCUACACUGUCAACCUACUUGGCCAAGAACUACAGCUACAUCAUUCACGCUAAAGUAAAAAGCAUAGAAAGAGGGAACUGCAAUGAAAUAACGACUGUAGUUGAAGUCAAAGAUGUACUCAAGUCUUCAAUACCUAUUCCUCUGUCCCAAGUGCCUCUUCUUACAAAUUCCUCCUGCCAGUGCCCGCCUCUUCAACCAAAGCAGGAUGUUCUCAUCAUGUGCUAUGAGUGGCACUCAAGGUUGAUGCUUCUUGACGGAUGUCUAGUUGAAAAAUGGAAGGACCAACUAAACAGAAGAUUUAAGAGGUGGGAACAGCGACUGCAAGAACAAAAGAGGCGAACUGCGCACAGUAAGAACCAGAACUCAGGACGCAGUGGUCAGAGUGGAGCCCUGAAACUGCAAACCAAGAACCCCAACCCAUUGAUCAGUGGCCCCAAAAAGGCCAUUAAAAUAAAAAAUGGCCAGAAAGAAAUCAACCCAAAAAAAGUAUGA